UUUACGUUACAAGCUGUAUGCUGGCUGGGAAACUAGUGUAAAAUGAAAGAAGUUUUUGUGGACCCAAAGAUGCAUUUUUUAGAAGCAGAUCUUUAAGUUUUUAUGCAAAUGCCUUUUUUUUAUAUAUACGAGAUAAACGUUAUACUAAGCAAACAAAACCUCUUCCUUCACUUUUCUUAUGCAUAUACAUACAUACCUUCAAGCAAUUGCUUGAUUUUUUGAAAGUAAAAUGUAAUUUUUUAGAAAAAUAAAUACGGCCUGCGAUGACGUGCGAUUUUUCAAACUUGAUACUCAGACUCAAUAAUUAAUAAACAAUAGCCGAUCACAUCUAUUUUCCCAUCACUUCUCGAUCUAAAAUUUGCCGUUUUUUCGUGUUGAUGGCAAACAUUGCAUAUUUGUAAUACAGAGACAUAUGGGAUAUAGCUGGCACAAUGAAAUAGUGAUAGGUAUUAGGAUGGCACACUAGCAAGUGAUUUUUUUUUAAAAAUUAUCAUCGAUGGCUUCAGUUACUUCACCUUAUCUUAGGUUAUGCCAGAACUUACCUACCUACUGCGAAAAUAAAAAACUUGGGGAUUACCUUUUCGUAUUUUGAUAGCAUAUUUUGUUGAUUAACGUUAAACUGGGAUAUUUAAAAUAGGUAAUCUGUGGCCUCACCUAAAUAUCAGAAAUAUAAUAGGUACCUAAUUGUUCAAUCCCAAUUCAUAACAAACAUUUUCCAAGAUCCUUCACUUAUCGAGUUUUUUUUUUAACACAGAAAGCACAAUGAUGGACGAUAGUUUAUUGGAGUAUUUCACCUGUCCAGUAUGCUUUGUUUACAUGAACAAAAAAAUUUACAUAUGCACGAACGGGCAUAGCGUCUGUGGAUGUUGCCAAACUAAAAUUUCCAAGUGCCCAAUUUGUAAAGUAAAAGUUGAUUCUAAACGUAACAUCACUCUGGAAAAAGCUGCUAAAAGGUUCCAGGAACUAAAAGCCAAACAAGAUGCCAUUGCAACUGGGGACAACUCUGGGGCUCUAACAAGAAAACAAAGAUUUUCACUGGGCUCCGCUUUACCAAAUCGAAUGGAGGAACAGUUUGAAACAAAUAACAUACCAUGUCCCGUUUCCAAUUGCCGCUAUUACACCAAACACUUGAUGCAAUUAAAGAUACAUUUAGGAAAUUUUCAUUCAGAAAGGCUCAUACCAAUUAAAAAAGGGCCUUCGAUCAGAUCAGAGGAUCUUAUGACUAUCACAGCACGAUUUGAUCCAUUUGGUACCCAAAAAGUAUGCCUUGUUACCAUUACUGAUGCCAUUUUUGUUAUUUAUAUCAUUAGAGUCAACUUGGCAAGUAGAAUUUCUUAUUACUUAAAUGUGCUUACAGUUUCGGAUACUACUAGCAUGUAUAAAUUCUCUUGUAAACAUUCUUCGCAAUUCUCUAUGUUUUAUAGAAGUCAACCUAAACCUCAAGAAGGAAUUGAAAUUGACAGUAAUACUCUAGAAACAGAGCGCAGGAAGAACUGCGGUUGUGUUCACUCCGUGAAUAUUCAUAUAAAAAAAGUGGCCACUUUACAGGGUUAGCUGCUGCUGCUUCUUGGGUGUGGGCUUUGCUGAGCGAAAUUUACCCAAAAGCUUUAUAUGGACUAGUAAUCUUUUUUUUAUUAUCAUUUUUCAUCUUCAACAAUAUCCAAAAUUUAUAUUUUGUAUUCAUAGAGAGUUUCGUUGUUUAUUAUAUUCUUAUUUUCAAAAUAAAAGAUUUACUUCAAUUCGUUUUAUUUGCAGGUACCAAUACCUGAGCGUUAAUAUUAAAUGGAAUAUUGGUUUUCCUAAAGUUGAAAAUAUUUUUGAACGCCUACUUCAAUUAUUGCCUGAAUACCCA